CCGCCCCGGGCGGAAGCGCGCGGCCAGUGACGGCGCCGGGCGCCAUGAAGCUGCCGCUGCGGCGCGCGUGGCGGCGCCGGGCGGCGCUGGGCCUGGGCGCGCUGGCGCUGCUGGGCGGCGCGGCGCUGCUCCUGCUGGCGCGCUGCGCGCCCGCGGGCCCCGCGCCCGCCGGGCCGCCGGCCCCCGGCCCCCGCGCCCGCGCCCGCGCGCGCCGCCGCUUCCUGGCCGUGCUGGUGGCCAGCGCGCCCCGGGCGGCCGAGCGGCGCGCCGCGGUCCGCAGCACGUGGCUGGCGGCCGGGGCCGCGGGCGGCGACGUGUGGGCGCGCUUCGCCGUGGGCACCGGCGGGCUGGGCGCCGAGGAGCGGCGCGCGCUGGAGCGCGAGCAGGCGCGGCACGGCGACCUGCUGCUGCUGCCCGCGCUGCGCGACGCCUACGAGAACCUGGCGGCCAAGGUGCUGGCCAUGCUGGCCUGGCUGGACGAGCACGUGGCCUUCGAGUUCGUGCUCAAGGCGGACGACGACUCCUUCGCGCGGCUGGACGCGCUGCUGGCCGAGCUGCGCGCCCGCGACCCCGCGCGCCGCCGCCGCCUGUACUGGGGCUUCUUCUCGGGCCGCGGCCGCGUCAAGCCCGGGGGCCGCUGGCGCGAGGCCGCCUGGCAGCUGUGCGACUACUACCUGCCCUACGCGCUGGGCGGCGGCUACGUGCUCUCGGCCGACCUGGUGCGCUACCUGCGCCUCAGCCGCGAGUUCCUGCGCGCCUGGCACAGCGAGGACGUGUCGCUGGGCGCCUGGCUGGCGCCGGUGGACGUGCGGCGCGAGCACGACCCGCGCUUCGACACCGAGUACCGCUCCCGCGGCUGCAGCAACCAGUACCUGGUGACGCACAAGCAGAGCCCGCAGGACAUGCUGGAGAAGCAGCGCUCGCUGGCGCGCGACGGCCGCCUGUGCCGGCGGGAGGUGCAGCUGCGCCUCUCCUACGUCUACGACUGGUCGGCGCCGCCCUCGCAGUGCUGCCAGCGCAAGGCGGGCAUCCCCUGAGCGCCGC